AUGAACCUUGUGAGACUAGCUUUACAAAUCUUCUUCCAUGUUAGAGUGGCUGCCGUCGAGACGCUGACGAAACGGGAUACCUGCGUCAGACGGAAAAAUAUCGCGAUAGAUGAGAACGGCGGCAGUUUUGGCAUGCUCCAAUGUUCAGUCUUUUAUUUGGACCCUGUCUAUGAGUUGGUGGGAUUAAUCAAAUUUGGAUACGACAAGAAGAGAAUCAAUCUAACACUCUGCGCCUCUCAUAACUCGUGUGUGAUUGACAGUGCAGCAACGUCGAUUUGGUAUCUGCGCAACUCAAGUGCAAUAAGGGCGGUGCGCCGCGCAGAAAAAUUUCCAUUAAGCGUGGUUAAUUAUUUGGAAAGAGGAUGGAAACGAAAAUUUUUUAGACCCUCCUUGUUUGAAAUGAGCAAUAUGAGCAGUGUGAGCCCUAAAAAGAGCUGUUCAGUCGCCCUGGAAGCUGCUGAGGAGAUUUGUCUUUUCCUUUUCUAA